GUCGUGCGCGUAUCUCGACACAGUUGUUACACGGCAUAGAAGAGUCGUGACGUGACGUUUGAGACGAUGGCAGGGUUGCUUCGCACGAGUUUGCAAAGUCUGCGCAGAUUAAAUACGCUGACAACCAAGGAGAUGACAAUACGUCGCGGGUUAGCGACGACACCGAGAUACAAUAGCGAAGGAAACACCCAGGGAACACAGGGAACCAACAAAAAAAGGAAGUGGGUGAGCUAUGGCUUCGACAAAACGGACGAAGCGCUGGAUCGUCAUUCCAUGCAUCAGAUCUUUUUCGUCGCCAUAACGUUAGUUAUGGUGCUCGGAGGCACCAUCAUGGCAUACGCGCCUGAUCCCGCAGGCAAGGACUGGUCGCAGCGAGAAGCAUACCUGAGGCUGCGCUACAGAGAGGAGAAUGGACUUCCUCUCAUUGAUCCCAAUCUCAUCGAUCCCGCUAAAAUAACGCUGCCAAGCGACGAAGAGCUGGGUGACACAGAGAUCAUUAUUUAAGGAGCUUCUCGAUCACAUCUCUUCUUGAACCCCAACGCUUCAAGCCGCAUCAGUACUGCCCAUAUGUAUCUCAGCAUACACUUAGUACUUGUUACAAUUGAGAGGAAUAUGUAAUAAACAAAAUGUUUUUCUUGGUGAAAAAAAACAUCGGCUGCCUUCAUUCGACACAGUCAAACCAAAGAUUGUACGAGCUACUCAUUUAUCGUGGUAAAAAAAAAAAAAUGCUUUGAACA